GCAGCGGGCCGGCACCGGCGGCACACCGGACCUGUCCCUGCCACCGCCCCAGCGCCCGGGAGCCGACGAGCUGCGCCCAUAGCCCCGCGCUGGCAGAAGGCUGUUCAGAGUGGACUAUGACUCCAUUUUAUCUCCUCCAAGACUUCUGUGGUCAAUUGAAUUGUCUGUAGGAGCUGGUAGGGAACGGCCGGAUGGAAAUAGGAAUUUUUGCUUUUUAAGGUGGUGGAAAACGCAGGGGUCAAGCACAGCCCAGCGCCGGCGCCGAGUGCUCCGCUCCCAGCCUGUGUGCAGCGUCACUCCAACUCGCCGAGCCGAGCCCAGCCGAGCCGAGCCGAGCGGGAUGGAGCUGCUGGUGUGCGGCGCCUUGCUGGCCGCGCUCGCCGCGGCCCUGGGGCACCCCGACCCCGCGCUGGACUGGCACUGGCAGCUCUGGAAGAAAACCCACGGCAAAGAGUAUCGCCACCAGGAAGAGGAAGGGAAGCGGCGCGCGACGUGGGAGAGGAACCUGCGCCUGGUGACGCUGCACAACCUGGAGCACUCCCUGGGGCUGCACUCCUACGAGCUGGGCAUGAACCACCUGGGAGACAUGACCAGCGAGGAAGUGGCCGCGUUGCUAACGGGGCUGAAAGUUCCCCAUCGGCAAAACCGGACCGCCACGUACCAGCCGACGCCGGGCGCCAAAGUCCCCGACGCCGUGGACUGGCGGGAGAAGGGCUGCGUCACGGCCGUGAAGAACCAGGGCGCCUGCGGGGCGUGCUGGGCCUUCAGCGCCGUGGGAGCCCUGGAGGCCCAGGUGAAGCUGAAGACGGGCAAGCUGCUGUCCCUGAGCGCCCAGAACCUCGUCGACUGCUCCUGGAGCUACGGGAACGAAGGCUGCGGCGGCGGAUGGCGAACCAAGGCUUUCCAGUACAUCAUAGACAACCGGGGGAUCGACUCGGAGGAGUCCUACCCGUACACGGCGCAGAACGGCGCCUGCCGCUACAACCCGGCAGCGCGGGCGGCCGCCUGCUCCGGCUACGUCGAGCUGCCGCGCGGCGACGAGGGCACGCUGCAGCACGCCGUGGCCCACGCGGGGCCCGUCUCCGUCAGCGUCGACGGCAGCCAGCCCACGUUCUUCCUGUACAAGGCGGGUGUCUACGACGAGCCCCGCUGCUCUCAGACCGGGAACCACGCGGUGCUCGUCGUCGGCUACGGCACGGCGGACGGGAAGGACUACUGGCUCGUGAAGAACAGCUGGGGCGUGCAUUUCGGCGAGCAGGGCUACAUCCGCAUGUCGAGGAACCGCGGAAACCAGUGCGGGAUCGCCAGCUACGCCUCUUACCCUCGGAUCUAGGGGGGUCUCCGCUUCCAGACAAGCCCUUGGGAUGCCGCCUCUGGCCCCGCUGAGCUCAGGCGCACGGGGAUCCACUCCAGCCUUAUUUAAGAAUCCGGUUGCCUUUUUCCAGAUACGCAGCAGAAAUUAUGAAUAAUGGCAGUUGGUCUCUGAAUGUCCCCUUAAUUCACCCUCCCCAAGAAGAGCCACUAAUAAGGGGUCAUCUGUCGGAAAUUAUCUCAGUUAUUUAGGUGACGGGCUCUCUGGCCCCAUCGCCAGCUCUUGCAAUCCCUGGCAGCCGCAGCUGCCUUUUAGAAAAUGACUCAGCCCCAUCUUCAAAGCUCCCGUGACACCGCUUUGCCUCCUCCUCCUCUCCCAGAAGAUGGUUUCUUGCAGCCACCUUAUGCCCAAGGUGCUUCGCAGCGCUGAGAAACGCGCUUGCUGCCCGGCUCACCUUCGCGGGACCCCGGAGGAAGCCCCGGCGCGUGAUUUUCCAGCUGCUGCUGGGGACUUUGCUGGUGGCACCUUCAGGCUGACGGCAGCAUCUGCGAUAUAAUGUGCAUUAAAUGCGUCUCCCGCUGUCCGUGCGGCACUGAGGCCGGCCGGGGAUGCAGCAGGCUCGGCUCCAGGCGAUCGUUAUGUUUAAACUGUGUUUUCCCCUCUGUGCUUCCCCAAGGAAAAAGGAAUAAAUCUGAUUUCUGAGA